AUGGGAAAAGGCGUACAAAAUUCACCAUUAUUAAAUGUACAUACGUUUCAACCAUUGCCAUCACGUCAUACGAGUUUACCAAGUCCAUUUUUACUAGCUGGCUGUGGCGUUGAUAAUCGUCAAAAUUAUCGUUCAUGUGUAAAAUUAACAUCAGAUGAUUUAUUAAAUAUCUUAAAUGAUAAUAUGAAUACACAAGGAACAUAUGUUUAUCUUCAAUUAUUAAAAUUAAUAAUAACAGCAUAUAUUGAAAAAUCAACUACAAUUAAAACAUCUGAAUUGAAUACACAUAAUUUAUUGUAUUUAAUAUUAUUUGUUAAAGAAAAACAGUUACGGAAAGAAUCAUUAAAUAUUUAUUUAUUCAAUUCACAAUCGUGUGAAGGUAUGCUUCGGAAUACACGAUCAUUAAGUGGUGCUUAUUCAACGAUAAUAAAUUUUACAAUUCAUGAUUUUCUUCGACAAGCUGAAAAAUUAUCAGUAUUAAAUCAUAUAAAAUGUACUGAAUUAAUAAAUCAAAAUGAUGAAAAUAUAUUAUUUCCAAUACAUCAUAAACACAAAACUGACAACAAUUUAUUAACAAUACCAAAUUUAGAUGAUAUUGCUCAAUUAGAUAUAGAACAAAUUAUAUUAGAUUCAUAUCAUACAUCAAUUAAAUUAACUGAACGUUUAAAUAUAACAACAUUAUUAAAAAAACAUCGUGUUUAUGAAUUAGGGCAGUUAAGUAAAUUUAUAUUUAAUAAAUUAAGUUCAAAAUCAAAACUACGUGAUAAUUCAUCGCCAACACCAAUAAAUAAUGUUGGUGAUGAUAGCACUGAUUCAAAAUCUGAUGAUUCUGAAUUAAACCAUGACAAUGACAACAAUAGUGAUGAAGAUAAUGAUUAUAUAUCGGAUGAUGAUGAUGAUAAUGAAAAUAUCCAAUCAACCAAAACAAAUUUUUCAGGGAUACAUAUUAAAGAUAAAACUAAUCUUGAUUUAACAAAUUCAUAUUUUAAAAUAAAAAUUAAUGAUACUGAUAAAUAUUUACAUGAACAAUCAGCAAUAUGGCUAUUGACGGACAAAAAACAUCUUAUAUCUACUGAUAGAUUAUUACGUGUAACUCAAAUAAGCACAAAAAAAUAA